UUUUCAUGUUUCUAAACUUCGCGUAGAAGUGUACGAUCUAUUUUAGGCUUUGAACGAAGGGAUUCCAUUAAUUUAGUUAAUACUCUUUGAUUUUGUUUGGACGAUUUGUUAACCGCGUGAUAGCAGUGUUGGACGCUCUAUGAUCUUAUCGUUCUUAAGCGCUGCACUCACUCAGUAUCAUGAAGCGACAGCGAGCAAUUCCUGCGACGCUUCCAACGGGUAUCACUGUGACCAGCGCCCGCCCCGUUCUCCGCUCUUCCACCCGAUUCAACCGAGUCGUGCCAGCAGCCAUGUCCUACAAAGACCUGGUGAAAGUGGUCGGCGUGGAUCCGGAGUCGAAUCCUCUGUACUGGCGCAAAGCGAUCGAUCACUCGGCGGAGACAGUGGUCUUCUUCCAGGUGGAUCUGCGCGGCACACUGCCCCGCAUGUGCAAGAGCGUGCGCAUCUGCCAGGCGGAGGAGAACCAGCAGCUGCUGCUGGUCCCUUCAGUGUACAUCGGGGACACGCUGCUGAGCGGCAGUUACGUGAAAACCAUCAUCGGAAAACGAUUCUUGGCCGACGAGGACGAUCUCAUGAAACUGCUGGAGCACGCGGGCAUUCUGCAGGAAAACGAAGAAUUGGCGGAAGAGAAGGAGGAGGACAGGGAUAAUGCACAGUGGGAUGAGGAUACGGCGGAGAAUGAGUUGUUUGUUGCGGAACCGGCAGCAAAAAAGCAGAAACAGCAGGAUAAACGCGAAAUGACACCGAAUUCCGCACCAACACAGCGAACCAAAAUGACACGAUCUUCGGUUGCGGGCAACAUUGCCAAAAACAAUGUCGCCAGCAGUGCGCUUGGUAGUGGCCGUCGUCAACCGAUUGAUCUCAACGCCCUGUUCGUCCCGGAUGCUGUCGAUGCCGCAGUAUCCUCCCAAAACGCCAAUGCGUCGCUACCGCAAGAGGACACUCCCAUGGAGAGUGAUUACGAUACCGGCGGCCUCCCCGUUGCUGAUGAAGCUAGCGAUGAUCUCGCUGUGGACUUCGAUUCCGUUCUUCCUGGGCCAUCGGAAAUGGACGGAACGGGUGAUCCCGGGGUUGAUAAUGCGGAUACAAACGAGCCAACGGAUAGCGGUCAAAACCGUGGAGAUGGCUCGACCGGAUACAAGUUCCCGUUUCAGCGGCCCGGAACAAAAAAGGAGCUCCUCCUCGACGGCUUUGAGCACUGUGAAGUCUACAUUGAAUCCGGAAAGAAGCGCUACUUGGAGUGGGCCGUUAAAAAUCGCCGCGGCACCAAAGGAUCCUACAUUGCGUAUCUGUGCAACUGUCUCUUCCUGGGUGCGAAUGCGGAAGGAAUGGAGCAGCUGGACCAGCGUGCCAAGAGCUGCAAGGACGAAGGCUUGAAGGAUACCGGGAUGCAGCGCAUGUUUGGCAAAGAAUUCACGGCAGUUAUCAAAGCAUAUGCCGACAGCAUUGGUCUCCCCACCAAAGGUAAAUCGGUCAUCAGGAUUAUGAAUGCGUGGAAGACUCAACAAAUCGCGCGCUGUAACAAACAAGCGACUACUGUACACAGACGCGCCAAAACAGACCACAAAGCGCCAAUACACAGACGCGCCAAAACACUGGAGGAAGAGUUCUAUGGCAGUUAACGGCAGUAGUGCAUUUUGUCGUAAAGAUGACAAUCAUGAUCGCUAUGUUAAAUCCGUAAUGUGUGACGUUUGCUACACGACUGACUCUGAAAAUGGGUGUUUUAAAUGAAACUAGAUGGUUUUGCAAGAGAGAUAUUUUUGAAAUCAAGAAUUUGCAGGUUUUGUUUAAUGCUGGUUGCGAGUACCU